ACAAUCUCUGAUGUUAAAGCAUCUGAUAAAGGUGAUUACACAUGUAAAGGAACAAACUCAUCAGACCCAGAAUACACACAGCCCAGUGAUGCUGUUACACUGACUGUAUCAGAAAAACCUAAACCUAAACUCACAUCAGUCCUUAAAGGAGCUGCGCUGACAGGAAACUCAGUGACUCUGUCCUGUACACUGAAGCUGCAGUCUGCUGGAUGGAAGUUUUACUGGAACAAAGACACACAGAGCACUGAGACUGAGACUGAAACACACUCCUACAACAUCAGCUCAGUUAGAGUCUCUGAUGGAGGUCAGUACAAGUGCAGAGCUGGAAGAGGAAACCCAGUCUACUACACAGACUACAGUGAUGCACUCUGGGUAAAUGUUAUUGAGAGUCCUAAACCUGUGGUGACUAUAAAGCCUGAUACACAGGUGUUCAGAGGAGAGAGAGUGACUUUCAGGUGUGACAUACAGAGAGGAGGAGGCACUGAGUGGACAUACGACUGGUAUAGGAACGAUUACACAUUCUACCCAUCCCACACAACACAGGAGUUCAUCAUCAUCUCUGUUGAAAAUUAUCACGGUGGUAAAUACACCUGCAGAGGGAGGAGAAGUGACUCUCAGAUCUCAAAGACGAGUGAUCCUGUUCCACUCUCUGUAUCAGAAAAACCUAAACCUAAACUCACAUCAGACCUUAAAGGAGCUGCACUGACAGGAAACUCAGUGACUCUGUCCUGUACACUGAAGCUGCAGUCUGCUGGAUGGAAGUUUUACUGGAACAAAGACACACAGAGCACUGAGACUGAGACUGCAACACACUCCUACACCAUCAGAUCAGUUAGAGUCUCUGAUGGAGGUCAGUACAAGUGCAGAGCUGGAAAAGGAAACCCAGUCCACUACACCCACUACAGUGAUGACCUCUGGGUAAACGUUAUUGCGAAUCCUAAACCUGUGGUGAUUAUAAAGCCUGAUACACAGGUGUUCAGAGGAGAGACUGUGACUUUCAGGUGUGACAUACAGAGAGGAGGAGGCACUGAGUGGACAUACAGCUGGAAUAAGAAUGCUCGCACACUCUACUCAGACAGAACAACACAGCAGUUCAGCAUCAGCUCUGUUGAAAAUGAUCACGGUGGUAAAUACACCUGCAGAGGGAGGAGAAGUGACUCUCAGAUCUCAAAGACGAGUGAUCCUGUUACACUCUCUGUAUCAGAAAAACCUAAACCUAAACUCACAUCAGACCUUAAAGGAGCUGCACUGACAGGAAACUCAGUGAUUCUGUCCUGUACACUGAAGCUGCAGUCUGCUGGAUGGAAGUUUUACUGGAUCAAAGACACACAGCGCCGUCAGACUGAAACUGCAACACACUCCUACACCAUCAGCUCAGUUAGAGUCUCUGAUGGAGGUCAGUACAAGUGCAGAGCUGGAAGAGGAAACCCAGUCUACUACACACACUACAGUGAUGCACUCUCGGUAAACGUUAUUGCGAAUCCUAAACCUGUGGUGAUUAUAAAGCCUGAUACACAGGUGUUCAGAGGAGAGACUGUGACUUUCAGGUGUGACAUACAGAGAGGAGGAGACACUGAGUGGACAUACAGCUGGAAUAAGAAUGAUUACACACUCUACUCAGACAGAACAACACAGGAGUUCAUCAUCAGCUCUGUUGAAAAUUAUCACGGUGGUAAAUACACCUGCAGAGGGAGGAGAAGUGACUCUCAGAGCUCAGAGAUCAGUGAUCCUGUUCCACUCUCUGUAUCAGAAAAACCUAAACCUGAACUCACAUCAGACCUUAAAGGAGCUGCACUGACAGGAAACUCAGUGACUCUGUCCUGUACACUGAAGCUGCAGUCUGCUGGAUGGAAGUUUUACUGGAACAAAGACACACAGCGCACUGAGACUGAGACUGCAACACACUCCUACACCAUCAGAUCAGUUAGAGUCUCUGAUGGAGGUCAGUACAAGUGCAUAGCUGGAAAAGGAAACCCAGUCCACUACACGCACUACAGUGAUGCACUCUGGGUAAACGUUAUUGAGAAUCCUAAACCUGUGGUGAUUAUAAAGCCUGAUACACAGGUGUUCAGAGGAGAGACUGUGACUUUCAGGUGUGACAUACAGAGAGGAGGAGACACUGAGUGGACAUACAGCUGGAAUAAGAAUGAUUACACACUCUACCCAUACAGAACAACACAGGAGUUCAUCAUCAGUUCAGUUACAGACUCUGACGGUGGUAAAUACACCUGCAGAGGGAGGAGAAGUGACUCUCAGAUCUCAGAGACGAGUGAUCCCAUUACACUCUCUGUAUCAGAAAAACCUAAACCUGAACUCACAUCAGACCUUAAAGGAGCUGCACUGACAGGAAACUCAGUGACUCUGUCCUGUACACUGAAGCUGCAGUCUGCUGGAUGGAAGUUUUACUGGACCAAAGACACACAGAGCACUGAGACUGAGACUGAAACACACUCCUACUUCAUCAGCUCAGUUAGAGUCUCUGAUGGAGGUCAGUACAAGUGCAGAGCUGGAAGAGGAAACCCAGUCUACUACACACACUACAGUGAUGCACUCUGGGUAAACGUUACUGGUGGAUCUCCUCCAGUGUCUCUGAUCAUCAGUCCCAGCAGAACUCAACACUUUACUGCUGACUCUCUCUCACUGAGCUGUGAGGACCAGAGUGACUCUACUGGAUGGACAGUGAGAGGAUACACACACAAUGAGACACUGUUCGAUUGUUCAUCAGUUUCAGGAUCUACAUGUAACAUCAGCUCCCUCUCUACAUCACACACUGGAGUUUACUGGUGUCAGUCUGAAUCUGGAGGACGCAGUAAUUCUGUCAACAUCACAGUGCACAAUGGUGAUUUGAUCCUGGAGAGUCCUGUCCAUCCUGUAACUGAGGGAAAUCCUCUGACUUUACGCUGUUUAAAUCGCUCAAAGAUCUCAGACUCUGGUGCUGAUUUCUAUAAAAAUGAUUCCAUCCUCCAGUCCCAGACUAAAGGAGAGAUGACCAUCAGUAGUGUAUCAAAGUCAGUUGAAGGUUUCUACCACUGUAAACUCCCAGAGAGAGGAGAGUCACCGAAAAGCUGGGUUUCAGUCAGAGUUUCAGCUUCUGGAUCCACUGGUGUAAUUAUAGGACUGAGUUCGGCCUUCGUGUUUCUCAUCUUAUUGAUCUUACUGAUUCUGCUGUUGCACCACAAGAAGAAAAGAGGUGUAGAAUAUCAGACUCCUUCUGCUGUAAAUCAGGACACCAAUCAGCCUGCAGAUGGUGAUAACAUCUACGAAAAUACUAAUAUCAGAACCACAGAUGAUUCUGCAGCUGAAGCCAGCAAUAUGCUCUACUCAGAGGUUGUCACUAGGAAGAAGAAACAAAAGGAUGAUUCUGCAGCUGAAGCCAGCAAUAUGCUCUACUCAGAGGUUGUCACUAGGAAGAAGAAACAAAAGGAUGAUUCUGCAGCUGAAGCCAGCAAUAUGCUCUACUCAGAGGUUGUCACUAGGAAGAAGAAACAAAAGGAUGAUUCUGCAGCUGAAGCCAGCAAUAUGCUCUACUCAGAGGUUGUCACUAGGAAGAAGAAACAAAAGGAUGCUGCCACUGGACCAAGUGAUGUGACUUAUGCUGACAUUGAACUGAAAAACCAAAAGAAACCAAAGAGAAAACAAGGAAAGAGCAGUGAGGCAGCUGACACUGUUUACUCAGAACUGAAGCAGAACACAGAUAAAGGUCCAUGAAGAAAGUCUAAAGUCUCCAAUCAAGAAUUGCUGAAACGGCCAAAGAACAUGGUAAAUAUAUAUUUUAGGGAGAACACUGUAGUUUCUGGAAAGCUUGUUUUUUGCUUAAUUCAAAUCUAAGCAUUGUACAAACUCCUGAUAGGGAUGUUAAAGGAACAGGAAGCUGAAUGUAUUUAAAAUUAUACCUUCUAUCUUUCACAAUGGGCUGGAAUUGGCUUUAUCCAGGUUAAAUUUAGUUGCCAGUUUUCAUUCACUGCAUCAGUAUAACUAAGCUGGCAGUGUUGGUUACUAAGUGUUCACUGGUAUAUUUUAAUACUGAUCUCAAUUACAAAAAAAAAAAACAAGUAUAUUAUUGUUUCACAUUUAACAUUCCGCAUUUAAUUUGUUGUACAUUAUUUUAUUCAAGUAUUUUGUGUUGUACAUUAUUUUAUUCAUGUAUUUUGUGUUUAUUUACUCAUUUAUGCUAUUUACCUAUUAAUGGAUUGUAAAAGGGGGAAAAAAAAAUCCAGCAUUGGAUUUUAGAGUUUAGGAAUAAUCAGAUAUUUUGUCUUCACUGCUUUAAACAGUCAGUAAUGCUGUACUGUUCUUGAGGGACUUUUCGCACAUAGACUGAUAUUGUGCCUUUUUUUUUUUUAAUCUUUUAAAAUCUUUUUCGAGUUUAGUGCCUAUAUAAUAUGUACAUUUCUAUUUUUUAUAAUUAUAUAUUUUUUCAGUAUACAAAUACAAGUAUCAAUAAAGUAAUAAAUUUCAUCAUUUUGAGUUAGAUAAUGUACUUUCUUUGGUUUUCCUCUGGUUUAUUGCCUUCCAUAUCCACCAGGAUGUUACAGGAGCAAAAGAAAUAUAAGGCUGUAUACAUGCUGUGUGAAGAGCUUUGAAUAAUAAUUAUCCUCAGCAAAAUCUUACUAUGGUAUUUUUAUGCUUGAAUUUUGUACCUUUCAUUAUAUUGUUCCUUUCAUUAUAUUCUCAUGUAUUUUUAUAAGUAUUAUAUUCCAAAUUAUAUAAUUAAUUUAAGCAGUACAUAAAAAUGAAUUUAAAGUUUGUAUUUUUUUAAGCAUGAUGCCUGAAAUUA